AUGGGACGAAAGCGGCUCCCGAAGUUCCAACAACUCGAAAAUUGUAAGUAACGAAAAAUACCGAUAUUCAUGAAUAUAUAAAUAGCGGAAAUACUAACGCUGAUGUCGUAGCCUACUUUUCAAUGAACAUUUCUUUACGUGGCAUUAUGUUUCCCUCAGUUGUUCCUUUUUUCGGGCAACAUGAUCAUUAAUAAUAAUUUAUUGACAUUUCUGACUUCAUAUUGACAUUUCUGACUUCAUAAGAAAUUUACGAAAAGCUAAGACAUGGCUGCAAGUAUUUCCGGUAUUUCUACGUUAGCACAAUUUUCAAUAUAUCUACAGUUGUGCCCAAAGUUUGCCGAGUCCCCGUUGUUGCCGAUCGUCGACAGCAAAACCGUAGAAUUCCAGAUACAGGUGGGUUUCUUUUCGUUAAUUUUUAUUCAUAAUAUUCAAAAUAUAUAUUUUCAGGAUUUAAUGAAAUAUUCCCACAAGUUCCUGCAGAUGAUCAUAAUGAUGGGAGAAAUGGAGAUGGUUCGCUUUCAGAUAUCGAAGGAGAGUCUGAUUUAAUGUUGGAACGUGAAGAAUUGAAUGUGGCCGAGGAUUAUGAGGACGAUGAUGAUAUUUACAUGGCUCCUUUUGCUGAUGAUUCCGAAGGCGAAGAUGUCGAAGAUUAUUAUCGAAACAAUGAUGCGGAUCCAGGUUGGGUGGAAGGUAUGGCUUUAUUACAAUGAGGGGUGGGAGAAUUUUGUGAAUUUUUUCGAAAAAUAUUUUCGUUGCUAAAUUUGUGAAGUUUGAACCAGAUCCAAAUUAUGAAAUUUUUCGAAACAUGAUUUUGUUCUAAAUUUAUCAUAUUUUCAAAAACAUAACAUGGAAUGAUGGUGAAACUUUUCAAUAUUCAAACUUUUUAGAAUUGCAGAAAGUGGAAAAAAAUUUUACAAAAAUAGGGGUUUCGAAGAAUAUAUGGGUUUAGAAAAUAUUAUGCUCUGAGAUGUCGAAUGUUUUUACUUCAAGUAUUUUCUCAUUACGCUGAGAAAACAGGAGGAAUGCGGAGAAAAUGUAUUUUCUUCAGUGAGAAAACAGGAGGAAUGCGGAGAAAAUGUAUUUUCUUCACUUUUUUCGUAUUUUCUCAGCCGACCUGAAUAGGCUUUCUUCGUUUUUUUCAGCGUUGAGUAAAUAACAUUCUUGUUGAGGAUCCAAAGUUUGUUGAAAAAGUAUAAGGAUGGGAAAAAGUUGGGACUGUAACUGGGAUAAAAGAAAGAGGGCGGGCAAGAGGGGGGUUGGCACACCUGACGAUACGUGUCCAAAAGGGACACUGUACAACAAUUUUCAAAAGCCACACUGUACAUUUUUUCAGUAAAAAGUGUAGUUUUCAUUCAUUUUCAUCGGUUUUUUAUGACAAUUUUACAAAAAAUUCAAAAUUUCACGCUGCACAAUUUUUUUUUUUCAAAAAUUUCCACGCUGCACAAAAAUUUUGGAAAACUAUCGCCAGGUGUGGGGGCGGAGGUGCUCACCUCCACUGAACGUGUGACGAUUAUUCUGGAAAGUUCAACGUGCGAUUGACAGUUCCGACUUGCAGAUUCGUUGGCGGAUAAAAUUCUGCACCUUUCCGAUCCCGGACUUGUUACCUUGGCAUCUUCAAUAAUUGGCAGAGAUUCACAAACUGAUCUUCGGCUUCGUUUACUAACAGUUGCGGCAACUGUUAAAAAAGAAGUUGAAGAUAUUUUUGAAUAUGCUAUUCGACUUUUCAAAGACGUUCGGAUUUGCUCACAAUGCGGGGAAAAAUUAGUCGAUAAAUCAAUAUGGUAGUUUUUCUGUCUCUCAAUAUUUGAAUUACUGUUUUCCUUAGCUGUGCUCCGGUCGGAACAUUUGUACAAUCACCGCUAGUGGAUCAAUUAACCCAUUUCGUUAAUAAAAAUAUCGACGAAAUCUUGGAAGUUCGAAAACUUCUUCGCGAUGGGAAAUUGCCGAAUCACACGCUUUCUUCUGAGUUCUUCAAAAGUUGUUUGGAGCAUGAUGAUCAUGAUUUGAAUAUAUCCCUUGUGCUCUCAGUCGAUGGAGUUUGUCCACAUGGGCAUUCAAAGUAAGACUUAUAAAGUCUAAUUAUCAUUGCGUUUUUCUGUUUUUCAGUCAGCACCUAUGGCCAAUGACUGCUAUGUCAGUAGACUUAAAAUUGGGACACUUUUCGAUAGCCACAAAUUUGUUAUUAUUCGGUGUUUAUAAAGGUCCAUGCAAUCCAAAUACGAAAGUUUUCAACACAAUUAUAAAUGAAGUUAUGCCAGUUCUUGAGCGAUUCAAAUUGAAUAUCAGAGGUCGAAAUGUGAUAUUUCGUGUUGUCACCGCUGUUGCCGAUCAACCGGUAACUUCAUUUGUCAAAAAAAACAUGCCAAUCUCUGAUUUUUAGGCAAAGCGGGCUUUGUUUGGUCUCAAAUCGGUCAAUUCAGCAUUUUCUUGCUUCUACUGCAUUUGCGGUGACACUCUUCACAAAUGUUCAGCACCAAGUUUGUAACAUUCUCACCUAUUUUCUACAAAUGUUUGUUGUUUAGGCAGAGAAGUAUUUCGCGGAAUAAUACAAACUCCUCAAGAUGCCCGGUAUGGACUUUUCGGGUUCAUUGAUGGUGUUUUUCCAGUGAUUCUUAGAUGGAUCCUCCCUUGGCAAGUUCUUCUCGAUAUUUUUCACGACCUCAAUGAGGGUUUUUGUGUUACGGUAAUCAAAGGCAUGUUUCACGCAUUAAAUUCAUGAUGACCCUUCGCUUCUUGUUUUUAGAAUCAUUUCCUAAACCAAGAUUCAAACCGAAAUCGGAUAUUUUUACUUGUACAAAACAACUCUUCGAUCAAUUUGCUCAAAAAAUCCAUCUUCCAACCGAAUAUCAAAAUGUACAAGGCGUGCGAAAUGGGACAAGUAAACUCGAUGUGAGUUUGGAAGGAAAAGGUCGAAUUAUGAAAUAA